AUGUUCGUUACCGAAAUGUUUCGCCUGCAGAUAUUGUUCGUCGCCCCUCACGGUCCCGGCCAGAGUCCCGAUCCACGGCGCCGACGCGUCCGACGCCCGUCAACAUCCGGCAGCCGAGAUCCGCCCCGUUUUGCUUUCGCCUUGGGGGGAAACCGCGGUGAGGUCAGCUCGAUCCCCGAGACGGACGCGUCCGACGUAGGUGAAGGGGAGAGAGAAUGCACAAAGCGUAACGAGGUGCGCAGAAUGGCCACGCUAGAUGCCAGUCCCCGGCCCGAGCUCAUGCUCAUAUAUCAGACCACUUUGCGCGUUUGUUGGCGCGCCCUUUGCCGGGGCAACAUCCAGCUUGGCAGGCACGACCUUGCCCACGGGAGCGUCAAAUACUAA